AUGAGAUCGACACUAUUAGCUACCGUGGCCGCCUUGGGCGCUAUACCCGUCGCCGGCCAUGCCACCUUCCAGGACCUCUGGAUAAACGGCGUUGAUAUGAUAACGUCGAAGGACAUCGCCUGCAAUGCCGGUACUAAGCCCGCAUCCGGAAAAUGCAGCGUCACCGCAGGAUCGACAGUGACAGUAGAGAUUCAUCAGCAACCCGGAGACCGUACUUGCGCAACGGAAGCGAUCGGUGGCGCCCACUACGGACCAGUCCAAGUAUACAUGGCCUCCGUAGCUGAUGCCUCGACGGCCGACGGGUCCUCCUCGUCAUGGUUCAAGGUCUUCGCCGACACGUGGGCCAAGAACCCGUCGGGAGCAAGCGCUGAUGACGAUCUGUGGGGGACCAAAGAUAUCAACGAGUGUUGCGGCCGGAUGGAUGUGAAGAUCCCAUCCGAUAUAGCUGCUGGUGAUUACCUCCUGCGGGCCGAAGCCUUGGCUCUACACACGGCGGGUCAAAGCGGCGGCGCGCAGUUUUACAUGACGUGCUUCCAGCUGACCGUCACGGGCGGCGGCGGCGCCAAGCCCGCGGGUGUCUCGCUGCCUGGUGCCUAUAAGGCAAGCGAUCCCGGUAUUCUCGUCAAUAUCCACGGGAAGUUAGAUUCGUAUGUUGCGCCCGGCCCGACGGUCUACGCGGGCGGCUCGACAAAGGGCGCAGGCUCUUCAUGCUCCGGCUGCGCGAGCACGUGCGCCGCCGGAAAGGGCCCGUCGAGCACGGCUGGCGGCAAUGGAGGUAGUGCUCCUACCGCGAGCGCGACAAACACGGCCGCUCCACCAGCAAACACGGGCGAUUCCGGGUCGGGAUGCGGCGUGUCUCUAUACGGUCAAUGCGGAGGAAGCGGAUUCACCGGCUGUACCAACUGCAGUAGCGGAAAAUGCCAAAAGCUCAACGAUUACUAUUCACAGUGUAGCUGA